GAGGGAUACCAUAGAAAGAAGAAAAGACGUUCUGUCCAUCAAGGAAGUGAGGGAAGACGACAUUGGGAAUUACACUUGUGAGCUGCCGUUUGGGAAUUUUGUUGUACGGAGGACAACCAAGCUGUCAGUCACAGCUCCACUGACCGACAAGCCGCCAAAAAUCCUCUUCCCUUCAGAAAGCCAAAUGAGCGUCGUGGAGAUGGCACUAGGAAGUCCCGUCAACCUGACAUGCAGAGCUUUCUUUGGCUACAUCGGAGACGUCAGUCCACUUAUCUACUGGAUGAAAGGGGAUAAGUUUAUCGAAGAUCUUGACGAGGAGCGCGUCCAAGAGAGCGACAUCAAGACGAUCCGGGAGCACCUGGGGGAGCAGGAGGUCUCCAUCUCCCUGACCAUCGACGCCCUGGAGGAGAACGAUCUGGGGAACUACUCCUGCUACGUGGAGAACAUCAACGGGCGGCGGCAGGCGAACAUUCAGCUCGCAAAGAAAGCAGAGCUGAUGUACACGGUGGAGCUGGCCGGAGGUCUGGGAGCCAUCCUGCUGCUGCUCGUCUGCCUCGUCACGCUCUACAAGUGCUACCGCAUCGAGCUCAUGCUCUUCUACAGGAACCACUUCGGCAGCGAAGAUAUCGACGGAGACAACAAGGACUACGACGCCUACCUGUCCUACACCAAAGUGGACCCGGACCAGUGGAGCCAGGAGACCAGAGAGGAGGAGCGCUUUGCCCUGGAGAUCCUCCCCGAUGUCCUGGAGAAGCAUUAUGGGUAUAAACUCUUCAUUCCAGACAGGGACUUGAUCCCAACAGGAACCUACAUCGAGGACGUGGCUCGCUGCGUGGACCAGAGCAAGCGCCUCAUCAUCGUCAUGACGCCCAGCUACGUGGUGCGGAGGGGGUGGAGCAUCUUUGAGCUGGAGACGCGGCUGCGCAACAUGCUGGUGACCGGCGAGAUCAAAGUCAUCCUGAUCGAGUGCGCCGAGCUGCGCGGCAUCAUGAACUACCAGGAGGUGGAGGCCCUCAAACACACCAUCAAAACGCUGACGGUCAUCAAGUGGCGCGGGACGUCCAGCAACAAGCUCAACUCCAAGUUCUGGAAGCAGCUGCUCUACGAGAUGCCCUUCAAGCGCAUGGAGCCCCUGAGCAUCUCCCACGAGCAGGUGCUGGACGUCAGUGAGCAGGGCCCCUUCGGCGAGCUCCAGACUGUCUCCGCCAUCUCCAUGGCCGCGGCCACCUCCACCGCCAUGGCGACGGCGCACCCGGACUUGCGCUCGACCUUUCACAACUCUUGCCACACCCAGAUGAGGCAGAAACACUAUUACCGUAGCUAUGACUACGACCUGCCACCCGGCGGCACGCUGCCGCCGCUCUCCUCUCUGGGCAACCAGCACACCUACUGCAACAUCCCCAUGACGCUCAUCAACGGGCAGCGGCAGCAGGCCAAGUCGCCGCGCCAGCAGAGCCUGGAGGAAGCCCACGGCAACAACGCCAUGUUGCCGCUGCUGCCCAGGGAAACCAGCAUCUCCAGCGUCAUCUGGUGACAAAGGCGACGCCGGGCAGGGUGGACAGUGGCUCGGAGCGGCGUCCAUCACGGGGAAGACUCGGACCCUGAAUGCACCGGAGCCGAGUGGACGGUUGGCACUAAGGAACUUUCUGCUGUUCAAUUUGCACGAGGAAACAACAGGGGAAGAACGGACGCACCUGAUCUGGGAGAGGAGCUCGUUAAAAAAAGUUUUUCUGUUCCAAUACAAGCUUUUAUUAAAAC